AUGGAAACCCGUCCCGAGCCGGGGCAGGGACCGGGGCAGGGGCCGGGGCCUGGGGCGGGGCUGGGCCCGUCCGCCGGCAGCAGUUUCAGUGACCCGUCCGCGCUGCAAGCCCGCUUCUCUCAGAGACACAUUUCGAAUCACGACUCUUGCCUCACAGAAGACCACGAGUCAAUGACCAAGCGUUACCGACAUUGUUCCCGUCGAGUUAGUUGCGUUUCUUCGAUUCGGUUGAGUGGAGGAGCCGUCAAUCACGAGGGUCGUGUAGAGCUCUUCAAUAACAACGCAUGGGGCACAGUGUGUCACCAUGGCUGGGACCUGAACGACGCCAAGGUGGCUUGCCGGCAGUUAGGCUUCCCUGACGCUUUAUUGUACACGGUGUGGGCGGCUUAUGGAGGUGGCACGGGUGCAGUUCUGCUUAGCUACCCAAGGUGCGUGGGCAGCGAGGCCGACCUGUGGAGCUGCCCGCAUGAUGGAGGUGGAGACCAUGGAUGUAAUUAUGAUCAUCAACACGAUGCAGGCGUAGUGUGCUCACCAUCAGUGCGUCUUGUAAAUGGUGCGUCUACUAAUGCGGGCCGAUUGGAAGUUUACUUCAACGGCCAGUGGGGUACGGUCUGUGACGAUGGCUGGUCACUUGAUGAGGCCACCGUAGUCUGCCGUCAACUUGGCCUUGGUGACGCUCAAAAAGCAACCCACAACGCCUACUUCGGUCCUGGUACCGGAGACAUCCUUCUUGGCAAUGUGAGCUGUUCUGGAAACGAAGAUACUCUGAUGGAUUGCAGCCAUCCACCCGUCGGGACGCAUCAUUGUACACACAUGGAGGAUGCUGGCGUGAUAUGCCAGGCACAAGCUUCGAUUCGGUUGAGUGGAGGAGCCGCCAAUAACGAGGGUCGUGUAGAGCUCUUCUAUAACAGCGUGUGGGGCACAGUGUGUCACUGGAACUGGCGCCUGAACGACGCCAAGGUGGCUUGCCGGCAGCUAGGCUUCCCUGGCGCUCUUUUGCACACGACCAAUGCGGCUUAUGGAGGUGGCACCGGUCCAGUUCUGCUUUCCAACGUAGGGUGCGUGGGUAACGAGGCCGACCUGUGGAGCUGCGGGCAUUCAGGAGUCGGCGGCCAUUGGUGUACUCAUGACUACGAUGCAGGCGUGGUUUGCUCACCAUCAGGUUAA